UGAGCAGGACUACAAGUGGAUAUCAAGGGAUCAAUGGAAUACCGGUACAACAGACAAGAGUAUUAAGGCCAGGUUAUCAGGUUGGGAAACAAGAGUAAGUAGCGAAGAGUGUGGCUGUAGUGGUAGUGUGGAGGAGCAGAUUGGUGGACUUAUUGACUGGCCAAGUCAAGUAGGGUAGUUAGUAGUAGUGGUGGUUGUGGUGUGUGGGUCCGCCGGCGAGGCCCGUGGGUGAUGUGAUGUAGGUGGUGGGUGGUGCAGGCAGACACGGCCACUGCUGUGAACGGAGAGAAACACUAAGACAUCGAUAUCAUGGCGUGUUGAUUUUUAUGACCCAGAGAGCAUUGUUUUCCUUGGCUUACGCCACAAUGAGGGGGAAAAAAAAAAGCUAGACAGUCCCUGGCUGGAAUACUCGCCUCGAAACUGAGAAGGAAAGAGGCGGGUAAUGUAGCAUAGGUAAAUGCUUCACCGAAUUGGCUUAACAGGAAACUGUGUCACACCCAUUACCCGUAGCGCCGUGAAAGGUUAGGGGUGUGUGUGUGUGUGUGUGUGUAGUGCGCUAUACGUAGGCGGCGACGAGAGCUCCGGGCCACUGGCAGUCUCCAGGGACAGGGCGUUGGGAGGUGACCAGCCCCGCCGCAGGUUCAUGGCCAGGCAACAGCGGCGUGGCGCCUCAUCACACCCGCCGACCUGUCCUGUUCGGAGUCACUAAGGGGCUGUUUUCAGACUCUUGGCUUUGUCUGAUGAGGUCCCAGGAGUCCAAACCCUGCGGGAAGAUGAGGUCGAGUAGCGUCGAGGAGGUGGGAGGUCAUGGGCCCGGGGACCCGUGGGAGGUGUUCACGGCGUUGGCCAUCCUGGUGGUGGAGGGGAGGACGCCUGGCGGAGAGCGAGGCUACCACGCCGGACCUCACUGUCCCCUCCCCCACCAGCUCCAACACAAGCACUCCUGCGACCCCAACCAUCACGUGUGCAUGCAAGCGAGUGCGUUGGUGCGGCAGCUGCGUGUCAUGUGGGGAGUCGGGGUGGGGGUGACCCUGGAGGUGUUGGUAGCCCCCGAGUGUCAGCACGGAGCUGCGCUGGCCACGACCCUCGACACCACCACGGCGCCCUCCCAGAACCUCAGACUCAUCGAGCAAUGGAAUUUCACCAUCUAUGAUCGAAAGCUGCCGGAGGCCACUGCCACGGGCUGGUCCUUGAUGGCUGCAGUGCGCUCCUUCCUACACUUCUCCCAGCUGUCAGCCUGGCUUAGCGUGUCAGGGGGUCGUCGCCCACCCAAUGUGCUCUACCGCCUCACUGUUACCUCGCCUGUGUUCUGCUCCAAGUUCACAGCAGAGGCAGAGGAGCAUGUGUUUCCCAUCACAUACAUGGGACAGGACACAUCCAUCAAGGUGUCGGUGAGGUCGCUUCCCCGUAGUGAGAAGGUUCCGGUGGUGGAGUGUCCUGAGCCUCAUGAGGAGCAGGAGGCUGGUGGCAGUGUUCCAGAAACCUACCCUACGUCUUCCUCUUCAUGGAGCUCUUCUUCCUCUUGCACCACCACCACCUCCUCCUCAUGCCAGACCAAGACUGAUAGCAGCAGGUGUGAUGAUGAUCUGCGUAGAAGUGUAAUGAAGGCCAAGCUGGUAGAGAACACCCGAGUCACCCGCAGUGAAUCGCCGGACACCCAGCUUGGAGAAUCUCUCUUGGAUCCCCCUCAUUCCCUCACUCGCUUUCCUCGCCGUUAUCAGUCUCCUUCUCGCUCGGGUUCUCCCUCCCUAGAGACACCCGAGCACCUCAUCUGCCGCCCCAGACCCCCAGCACCCCAGAACAAGCCUCCUGAUGUCAGCAUGAUGGUUGGACCUGCCCCCACCUCACACCCGUUCUCAUGGACCCAAGCACGUUAUCCACUGACUCCUAUCGUCCAUCAACCUUCCAUGGAUUCCAUGUGUCCGCCAAGUGCUGAUGUGAUGCAUUCCCAUCCACAUCACCUUCACCACCACCAGCUGGCACAGAAUUCAUUAGGAUUUGACUUCUCAGGUACCUACCAGCCUUACCGUAGACCACAGGUGGUGUACAACAGACCACAGAUGUGCUGGCCUCAGGUACAGCCUGUAAUGCAGCACAAACCACAGCAAGUGACAUUACACCCACAACACUCCCCCCUCUCGGUGAACCCUGUCAGCUACAGCUCACAGCAGAAGACUCUGAAUCAGAUGUCCCCGAGGGGAGGCAAAUAUCAGCACUAUCCAGAGUACCAAGCCUUUGAUCAGUCUGAUGCCCAUACCAUGACAGGGGAAUACCCAGAGCCCCUGGGUGGCCACAGUGAUGAUGUUCUGGUAGGGGAGUACCAGGACCCACACAGUUUGAGAUUGAUGGGUGAGCCUUCAAGAUCCAGCAGCAUGACUUCUCAGGAAGGUGGCAGAGAUCAGGGGGUGAAGAGACCUGGGGAACACUCCAGUGAAUGGGAAUACCAGGGAGAACACCAGACCUGCAAGCGAGACUAUUUUCACAAAUCUUUGCCUGUUCCUGAGACCUCCCAGCACAACGGGGAUCAGGGAAGUCCUCAGUGUAGCAGUACCCGAGUGAAGCAGGACUCUAGCAGACUCUAUAAGUUGACACAGGAAGAUAAAGCACUUCAUAAGAUAUUAGAUGACCAGAUGAGACCUUGUUGCUCCCACACCGGCAAGCACCUGUGUUCCAGCAUUGAAGACCUGACUGAGGUUGGCAGCACAGAGGAGAAUAUCUCGGCACAUCUAUGUCCCAAAGAGCUUAAACAAGGACUGAAGCAGCGAGGAGACAUGAGCCCCAGCCAUCUUUACAAUACAAAGGUUAACUUUGAUUUAACUCCAAAGGAGACCAUGGAGAUACUGAGUGUGCUGCGGCAGCCAACUCCCCUCCCUCCCCUGCGUAUGGAUCGGCACAGGGCACAGUACGAGGCCAUGUCUCCACGAGGUUCAGGAGAAACCAAAUCAUCUGGGAUGAGCUUUGUUGGUGAUAGCAGUGUUGGCAGCAAAUCUUGGGAAAACAAGGGUUAUCUUUCAAAAUUUCUAAAAGACAGAGGAAAGAAGGUUGAAAGCAAGUGCUGGAAAGAAGAAAAAUAUGAAUCCUCACACAUCAGCAUCAAAGGUGAAAAUGUAGACGAUCUGGAAAAGAGAGGAGAGAAGGCAGCUGAUCAAUCAUGGAGUGAAUACAGGAAAAAUGUGGGACCAGCCUUUCCUUCUUCUGAAUGCUCUCAAGGACAACAAAGUGAAAGGUGCCAUAACAAAAAUUUGGGCCGAGGGAGAGAAGGUGUGCAAGAGCUUCCUCCUAGUCCUGAAAAUCUGUUUCUUGAAGCUAUAGCUCGUAGUGGCGAGAAGCAUUGUGAUAUUCCUAGCUGUAAGACUUUAGUUGAUAGCCGUGAAUCGUAUCGGACCAGAGCGUGCAAGGAUGUGAGUGUGGUGUCUUGUGAUAAUGUGAAUACAAGUGUGUCCAGUGAGAUGAAUAAAUGUGAUACAAAAGUUGUAAGUGGAAAAAGUUUGCAAUUAUCAAGUGAAACAAAAUGCAUCGAGGCCAAGAAGGUUACCCACAAGAUGAGUGUCUUCACUGCCAGCAGUGAGCCAGCCAAACCCGUCAUAUCUCAGCCCCAGAAGCAGACUUCACAAACUCUUGUUAAAAGUCCAUUUAGUGCAGUUUUAUCAAGUAUUCAAAAAGAGAAUAAUAGAGUUCUGGAAGAUGAACAAAGCCAUUGUCAAGAAACUGAAAUAACAAAAGCCUCCCAUACAGGAAGAGAGUUUGUCAAAAGGGCAUUAACCUUUGAAGUUCAAAAGUCUGAGGAAAUCUUGAGAUCAGAAACUCACACAAAUGGAACCAUCCCAAACAAAGAAAGGACCACAAAUGAAGUAGGUAACCAGAAUGGUGUGAUGCAGAAUGGUAAAGACCCAGACAGACCCUUGCGGGACACUCGCGAAGGGUUUGCCAAGAGCACUAGUUUGCUCAAACACCUGAUGACUAAAGGUCAUCAUCAAACUCAGGACAUCACUCAGGGCAAUAAGCAAAUAAAACUUGAGAAAGAUGACAUGGACUGGAAGGAGCUGGAAGAACAACAACAGCUGGAAACGCAAGAGAUGGAGGUGUUAGAAAAUCAAGAGAUCUCCGUUGAUAGUGAAGUAGAAAAAAUAUGCAAUGAGAAGGGCGUCCCCAUUCCCUCUGCGAGUGCAAAGGCUCAGUUCCGGAGGUCCUUGGACUCGGCCACCAACAUGGUUUUCCACAGCAAGACUGGAUUGCCACUCACCUCAUCGCCAGCACCUCUCAGAAAAGGGAAACGUUUUGACUACGAUUCCACCUUGAACUGUGUUGCUGCAAUCAAGAGAUCGACAUCGUUCCACUGCAGUGCUCUGUACACGUGCGACAGUGAAGAAGAUGAGAACUACUCUGUGGAGAUGAGCGCCAACAAUGAGGUGCACAACAAUGCUUACAAAACCACCCAGCUGUCCCUCUCAGCCCCUGCCACUGUGACCUGCUCCAACCUCCUGGGGAGCUUUGAGGAGUGCGUGCUGAAUGGCCGCCUGGAGCCUGUGUCCACCGUGCAGGGCUUCACUGCUGAGAUAGCCGCCUCUGGGGCUUUCUGUCCGAAACGCACCACCAAGCCUGUUACUGUGUUCUUCUACACCCUCUGUGAUAAUGACCAGAUCUCAUCCCCCUACAUGGGCCACAUAAACCUGGGCAAGAAAGGCUACCAUGUGCCCAACAAAGGCACAGUGCAGGUGACUCUAUUCAACCCCCAUGGCACCGUGGUGAAGAUGUUCGUGGUGAUGUAUGACCUGUCGGACAUGCCGCCCAAUUCUCGUACCUUUGUCCGGCAGCGCACUCUUAACAUGCCUGUCGGGGCAAGUGACUCGGACGCCAAUGCUCACCAGUGGCUGCGUUACCUCAUACACCUCAGGUUUGUCAGUUCCAAGUCUGGCAAGAUCUACCUCCAUACUGAUAUCCGUAUGCUGAUCUUCCGCAAGAGUGAUGCAGACGCUGCCAACCUCCACAAGACCAGCGUUCCUUAUGAGUUGCGCUCCUUCACUCACGGCCCAACCAAUCCAAAAUUUUCUCCAAGGAAAUAGAGAAAGUGCCACAUUCUUCAACUCUCCUCCAGUCUGCCAAGGGAUGGUGCAUGUGGUGUGACUUGCCAGGGCCUCUUGGCAAAUGUUAUGAAGUAUUGGCAUAGACCUGACAAGAGUACUUGCUUUUAAGGGUAACCACCAGUACAGUUUAAGAGAAGUGUAUCAAAACACCUUAUUUUAGAUAAUGGAUGUAUGGUGCAUUUAACAGUAGUUUUUAUUCCUAUCAUAUUCUUAUAUAAUGAAGUUGGUUGAUAUAUUGUAUGAAAGAUAUAAUGACAUAACUUCCAGAAUUUCUAAUAACAUAUUUUAAAAAUCAUAUUACAAUGCAAAGAUAAUGCUUCCAAUAUGAGCUGUUGAAUGUGGAUAAAACCAUCCUGUGGAAAAUGCAUGAAAGAUUUCCCAGGUGAUGAUAUAAGUCUGAGUGACUGAGUGACCUAUAAGUUCCUUAUCAACUUGUGUGCUUGACUUGAACUAAGGUGUGUGUGUGUAGGAAGAGAGACUUGAGCCUGACGGCAGGUGUGCUGCCAGCAGGCAGCUGCUGCCUGUGAGUAGUCCAGGUGAUGAUGUGUCUGCAAAUGUGAUAGUGUUUAUGAAUAAUGAUAGUUGAUCUCAGUAUUGUCUAUAAAUGAUGCAGAUUGUUUUAAGUCUGUUGUUCAGUCAUGUGAUAAAAUCACGGUUGAGUUUUGCCAACCGUUUUCACUGUAGUUGUUUUGUGAAGGGUUACAAAUUGUUUUGUCUCUUCUUUACUUAUUACAUAAAUUAUUCAUAUGGUGCAUCCUUUGAAAGAUUUUACUUGAAAUGUAUAUUUCAGUAGUAAUGGUAAUCAAGUUUCUAGAUUUCUUAUGUUUAAAAAUUCUUUAUUAAAAAAUUGUCUUCAUAGCUGAAGUUACUUUUCAUAAAAGUAACAAAAUUAUUUACAAAUAUAACUUGCAGAUGAAAACACUGAAAUACUUGCCUCAAGUCUUCAGUUGUUACUUAAGACAGAUUUAGUAUGUAAUAUCAGUCAGUGAUCUUUAUUUCGACAUUUUUGUACCGAACUGUGAUGAUGCGCGUUUGGAUACCAAGAGAUGAAAGACUCCAGGAAAAUUUUGGUACCUUGAGGUUUGGUACAAGAAUAUCUCAAUGAAGAUUGCACGACAGUAUUCAUUAAUGUGCCUGUAUUGUAUAUUUUUUUUAAUGUUGAACUCUGAAAUGUUUGACAAUUUGAUAAGCUACUCACCCUUUGGUGGCUUAGGUCUGUAAUGACUCCUUUCUCCAGUGACCAGAAUCUCUUCCUACUGAGAUUGCAUGACUAUAUUAUGUAUAGAGAGAUGUACUAUAUGUCACACUAUAUAUUCAUAUUCUCUGCAGGAUAUAUCCAUACUCUUCAAAACUUAUAAAUAGUAAUUUUCAUAUUCAAAAUCAAUGCGGAUAUAUCUGAUUAUCUGAUGCUUGACUAACCUCUAUUGAAGGUGAAUUAGUGAUAUAAUGUUACAUGAGAGGUCUUGACCAACAGCCCCUCUGUGGGCUGUGUAAACCCUAGAGCCUGGCACUGAGCAAACUGACAAGUACUUUGGAUAAAGGAGUGAUGAUUGGAAAUUUUGCAUUGGAGAGAAAAAACUUCAGAUUGCAAGAAUUUAAUGGACUUUUGUAGAUGACUUGUGGUUGUAAACACAUUUAUGUGGCAAUGAAACCUGAUGCUUUUAACUUGACUUGCAUGUUAAGACCUUAAUCUACAUUUGAUUAAGUUUUAUUGAGGGUUAUUCAGCUUCAUGUAUAUAUAUAGAGAUUUUCUUACAUUACACACAUCUCCAGUCUCACUGAAUUAAGUUAACUGGGAAUCUCGUUGGCAGUGGUAACAAAGAAUAUGAAACUCCUGAAAUUGACUGACAUACCAUACACAGAAAAUUACCAUGCUUGAGGUUAAAGAUCCAUGGAAAAAAAAUUGUGAAUCAAAGUUGCAUUCUUAGUUUUCAACAGCUUUGUUUUUCAAUUGCUUUUGUUGAAAAUGCUUUUGACUUUUAUAAAAAAUGUCUAAACAGCUGUACUAUAAAACCAGUGUGCUCCCAGACACUAUUUUCAAGGUUCCUGAGGAGUAAUGCUUCCUUUGAAAGCUGCCACCCAACUGUGGACACUACUUUACCUUAAUGGAAACCAGAACAUGCCAACAGAUCUGCAUCUCUAUUUGGCACUACCUUUCAAAUAACAAGAAUCUGCCAGUGUAAAUUCUAAUAAUUAUCAUAAAAUGUGGAAAUCACUGGUAUGUUAUCAACUCAUUUGAAACUGUAAUAACUUUGCCCACCUAGAAAUCUGUUUUUUUCAUUAUUUAUUAAUGGAAAAGUGUCAAAAAAAUACAUCAUCAAUGCUUCUUCUACCUGAACUCCCAUGUUUGUGAAUAAGGUAGAAUCAACCAGAUGCAUCACAUUGCCUUAAUAUUUGUAGAAUUUUUUACAACAUUCAGGUUUGGUGCAUUACAAUUUCCAGUGUCAUUAUAUUGUGUUGGAACAUGAGGCAGUGGAAAAGAACAGUAGCCACGCUGACACAGUACCUGUCCCUUGCAAGACAAGUUGUUUACUGUAAGGUCAUAGUGACCAGCCCACAGCCCAGAGUAAGCCAGUAGUGGCUGGAGGGUCUAUGGGCUGGGAUGGGAUUACAUCACCACUAGCUCUACAACCAGUCUUAUUUAUUGAUUAACAUUUCCCUUAAUGUUUAAUGAAAAAUGGUACAGCUGCAGAUGACUCUCAACAUGAGUUAACAGAAAAGUAAGAUGCAUGACCACAAUAAACAUGAUUUGAAUGAGCAAUCAUACAUAUCAAAAUAAGUUCUAGUGAGAUUAAUUCAUGGUUAGGUGAAUGUUAUUUACCAUAACCAGAGACUCUAAAAGCUUCAACAGUAUGAGUGAAUAGAUCUUCAGAUUGUUGAGUAUGAAUGCCUGUAAAGGACCUAAAGCCUGAAAUUUCUUAGGGUAAACAAACACGCACAAUAUUCAAGUACAUGAACAUGUACUAUUUUUAAGCUGAGACUCCUUGUAUAUUGUGACAGUUAUGACCUACCAGUAUUGAGUUGGUGAACUGUUCAAUCCACCAGUCAUUGCAUGUUUUAAUCUGACUGCCAGAAUGUGAUGUAAUGUUAAUGCACAUGUGUGAGGGUUUUUUUGAAGGUUCUUGAGUAGGAUUUAGAUUGAUUUGAAUGUGGAUCCAUUACUCUUUUACAAACUAAUCAUAUACAAAAUUUUGUUAUUGUUUGAAAUUUGCACAGUAAAAUGGGAAUUUCUGUAGUAUUGCAAAAACUGGAAAUGCAUUUAAGCCACAUGACUACUUCCUUCAAGAAAAAUCUGAUUGAUUACACUCUUCAUAAAAGUGGCAUUUAUCUGAUGUGUAGUCAUGGUUAAAUGUUUUUUAAUAUAUAAAAUACUGUUACUGCAGUGAUUUUAAAAUUAUGUUCAUCUCAACAUAUAUUCAUAUUUAUGAAAUUUGUUUUGAAAUGUCCAAAAUUAUGACCAGCUGUUCACUGAACUACUUCAGACUAAAGGCAAUAUUAUUUUCCUGUAUGGACCUAAAUUUUUGCCAGCUCUAUUUACUGAUUGUUUACCAAUAGGUGUUACUGUUUAAAAACUUACAUUCAGAUAAUGAUUAGUGAAUUUUCUGAUUUAAUAUUAAUUUCAUGACAUGAUGACAUCAUAUCAGAGUUAUAUUAUUCCAGCCAGAGUUCUUCUUUUGGGUGCUUUUUAAUGUCAAGUGGCAGAGUGCAGAAUCUUGAAUUACUCCAUUCAGAUGUUAGGCCAUUGAAUCCACCACCACCACAGCCCCAUCCCAAGGAAAGGUUUAGCUGCCCUGCAUGAUACAGAAAGAUGCAAGUUUCAGCAGUUGUGCAUUGAAUGUCAUGAGAAGUUAUGCAUAAACACAGACAAACUAGGAUGAGGGCUGGAAAGGAGUAGCAUCAGGUAAAUGUUAAGCUUCCUCCUUGUCUUUCCUUUUCUCAGCUUUAACUUUGAAAUGUAAAUAAUGUACAGUGAGUGUUAAUAGAUUAUAUGAUUACCAUAAGGAUGCAUUGUCUCAUCAAAUAUUUGUUAAAAUGUAAGAUUGGUUUUUUUGUCAAAUGUUUGCUGAAAUCUGUCCUUGGAUCCAAUAAUCUGAUGAGUCUUUGCUGUAACUCCUUAAAAGGAAGUCUUUCGCUGUAGUUUUAGACAAAUCCUCAAUUGUCCAGACUUAAGAGUACUGUAGGUGAAAGAUGUUAGUUUUAUUACAAACAUGUACAUAGUCUACAUCUAUUUAUAUUAUUAUGGGCUUAACCAACUCUUAAUGUAUCUUAAAAUAAAACUGUAGCUUGA